AUGCUCCCAUUGAGAUGGAAAAAGACUGAUACAAACACAGAUGCAUCAAUAAUGGAAUUAUAUUGGUUCAAUCAUCCUCAAGGAUGUGCUUCUCUUGUCGAGAAUGAUCCAUCUGACAAACGACUUGAUAUUUCAUCUAAGCCUGUCACUGCUAAAAACACUGCAACUAACGCUCCAGCGCCUGUCACUCCUAAGACCACUACUUUUAACGCUCCAGAACCUGUCACUCCGACAUCUAACGCACCACCUGUCACUCCUAAGGCCACUGCAGCUAACGCUCCAGUGCAUGUCAUUCCUACUCCGGAAGUUGUCACUUUUAAGUCCUCUAUAUCUAACUCUCCAGAACCCAUAAUCACAGAUACAAAUAAUGAGAAUUUAUCAAAUAAUAACACAAAUAAAAUUUCAGGAAAUCUUCUUGAAUCCUCUGUCAUCGAUGGAUCAAAAACUAGUUUAAUAACAACAGUAACUCCAACUACUACGACGCAAAUGCCAGGAACCGUCAUCAGCUUUACAGUUAAUGCAAGUCAACCAGCCAGUACUCCUACUUCUAUUGCUUCUACUCAGAAAGUUGGUAAUGCAGGCGGAGCAUCUUCGAAUGCUGAAAAAAAUAAUGAUUUUAAAAUUUUGAGGAAUGUUGUAGUUGGAUUGGCAAUGCUUGUUGGCAUGGGAUUUUGA